AUGAUAUCCGACAAUGCUACUACCUACAUUGCAGCCGCUAAGCAUAUAGAGAAUCUCACACGAUCAGCGUCACUUACAGAAACGUUGAACAACUAUGGUACAACAUGGACAUUUAUACCAAAACGCGCACCGUGGUACGGUGGCUUUUGGGAAAGAUUGAUAGGGAUUACAAAAGAUUGUGUUAAGAAGGUUUUGGGACGUUCCCUUAUCAAUAUAGAACUUCUUAAGACAAUUGUGACUGAAGUUGAAACUAUUAUGAAUGACCGUCCACUAACUUACGUAUUGUCAGAUCCUUUAGAUGAACCGCUAACGCCAUCACAUUUACUUUACGGACGUCGGAUCACAACACUUCCAUACCCUGAUAAUAGAGACUUUGAGCAUUCGACGCUUGAGAUGACUCAUGAAUCUGUGAAUAAACUGUCUCGAUUGAAAUCUCAAAUUAUUCAACAGUUUUGGUGCAAAUGGAAACACGAGUAUCUUACCUCUCUUCGAGAAUAUCAUCGAAACACCGGAAAGGACAAUAAAACAAUUAAAGUUGGAGACGUAGUACAAGUGUACGAAGAAUCACCGAGGACAAAGUGGAAUCUAGCCGUUAUUGAUCAACUGAACAUUGGAGGUGACGGGAAAACGAGAUCUGCUGUUAUACGGACAAAAAAUGGACUCACUUCACGUCCAAUAACAAAACUUUAUCCUCUCGAAGUGUCAGAAAAUAGAGACUUUACUAUAGACAAUAAUUGUGACCUCAACAAUCCUUCUACUUCUAGAAACUUAAGCCGUAAAGCGAAAAGUGUUGCCAUAGAGAAACUUAAGAAAUGGACAAAAGGAAAUAAUUCAUAA